CAGAUUCUGAUCAACUUGCUUCAGCUCCUGAUUGGUCGGAUGGAUGAGGGAACGUGUUUUGGAUGUGGACCAAUAGGAAGUGAUCCAGGAAUGUAGCACCUCGGGAUGGGUAGCAGCUCUCUGGUUCUGGAUGUGCAGAUAUGUAAUAGGAGCGAUGAUCCGGUUCUCCUCUCAGCAGCAUCGCACACUGAGACCAGUGGACGGUUUCGGAUGGGUUCGGUCCUCGGAGGGCUAACUGAAGAGGAGCAGACCUCAGUGGGACCUCUGAGACCACCCUUCGUUCUUUCCUGGUGGCUGAACUCUGUGAAGGGGUUCAUUUCCAUCCAAGAAGCAACAUGGCCGACAAUGUGAAUGCGCUUCCAUUCUUCUAUGGCAACAUCACCAGGGAGGAGGCGGAGGACUACCUGCAGCAGGCUGGAAUGAACAGCGGCUUGUACCUGUUAAGGCAAAGUCGGAAUUAUCUGGGAGGCUUUGCUCUGUCCGUGUCGCACUCCGGGCGCUGCUACCACUACACCAUUGAGAGACAGCACAAUGAAACAUACGCUAUAGCAGGUGGAAAGAGCCACAGGGCCCCCACGGAUGUGAUCGACUACCACUCCCAGGAGAUGGACGGUCUCAUCUGUUUGCUGAAGAAGCCCUGCAACAGACCCAAGAACAUGCAGCCGAAGGUGGGGCCAUUUGAGGACCUGAAGGAGAAGCUGAUCCGGGAGUAUGUGAAGCAGACCUGGAAGCUGCAGGGGCCGGCCCUGGAGCAGGCCAUCAUCAGCCAGCGGCCUCAGCUGGAGAAACUUAUCGCCACCACCGCUCAUGAACGGAUGCCAUGGUUCCAUGGAUCCAUAACACGAGAGGACUCCGAGCCCAGACUUCAGAACAGUCCUCGGACAAAUGGAAAAUUCCUGAUUCGGCAGAGAGACCAGAACGGAUCGUACGCUCUGUGUUUACUACAUGAAGGACAGGUGAUGCAUUAUCGCAUCGACCGGGACAGGACGGGGAAACUGUCCAUCCCAGAUGGGAAGAAGUUUGACACCCUGUGGCAGCUGGUGGAGCACUACUCAUACAAGCCUGACGGUCUGCUGCGAGUCCUCACCGAGCCCUGUCCACGGCCCGAUGGAGAACAGUUUGUAGGACGGCCGCUGCCUCCACUGGAUCAUCCUGGAUUAGUUUCUGCUAUUCAAACUGCAGCAGACGGACUUCUCUCCAUGUUCAGAGCUGGUUCCACAUCUAGUAAGAACCGCAGAAAUCCUUCCAAAGCUAAUCAGAACCCUUAUGGACCUGUAAUGGCCAAUCAGCCAUCAAAUAAAGCAGAAGCAAUGCCGAUGGACACAGGGGUCUACGAGAGUCCUUAUGCUGAUCCAGAUGAACUCAGGAGCUCCACUGUGGAUCGGAGCCAGCUUAUCUUGGAAGAUGGAGAACUGGGCUCUGGAAACUUUGGCACUGUUAUGAAAGGCAUCUACAAGAUGAGAAAAACAGAGAAACCAGUUGCUGUUAAAAUCCUGAAGAAUGAUGACAACAACCCGUCGGUGUGUGAGGAAAUGCUGAGAGAAGCAAAUGUCAUGCAGCAGCUGGACAAUCCUUACAUCGUCCGGAUGAUUGGCAUCUGUGAGGCAGAGAACCUCAUGCUGGUCAUGGAGCUGGCUGAGCUGGGACCCCUCAACAAGUUCCUGCAGAAAAACAAGCAAACAUCCUUAAAGAACAUCACAGAGCUGGUCCAUCAAGUGUCCAUGGGGAUGAAGUACCUGGAGGAGCAUAACUUUGUCCACAGAGACCUUGCAGCCAGGAACGUCCUGCUGGUUACGCAGCAUUAUGCAAAGAUCAGUGACUUUGGUCUGUCCAAAGCUGUGGCUGAGGAGCAGAACUACUACAAGGCCAAAGGACACGGGAAGUGGCCGGUGAAAUGGUACGCUCCUGAGUGCAUGAACUACUUCAAAUUCUCAUGUAAGAGUGAUGUGUGGAGUUUCGGAGUGCUCAUGUGGGAGGCCUUUUCCUACGGCCAUAAACCAUAUAAGGGAAUGAAAGGAAACGAUGUCAUGCAGAUGAUUGAAAGUGGACAGCGUAUGGACCCGCCCCCUAACUGCCCACCGGAGAUCUACGACCUGAUGAGGGCCUGCUGGACUUACAAAGUGGACGAGAGGCCUGGAUUCAGUGUUGUGGAGCCCAGGUUGCGAGACUAUUACUACGACAUCGCUCAGUGAUUCUUCACGCUAUGCAAACCUGUUGUUGAUGCAUCAUAUCUGCUGCAUAUGAACGGCUUAUGGAUUAUAGAGGCUUUGAAAAGUACUGUAGAAUCAUUUGACAUGCUCAGUGUUUGUUUCAACUCAGGAGGAAGAGCGGCUCUCAACAAUCAGAAGGAUGUUUGAUCCCCAUCUGAUGUGUUUUUAUAUGAUGAAAGAGAGAAACCAAUAUGUAGCCUCAGUGUGUGAGUGAGGGAAGAAAAGUGCUUCAUGUGGUCAGCAAACUAAACUUCAGUCCAUUUGCCAUGAAGAUAGUAAUACAACCCAGGAAAAAUAAAUUGGGACAAAGUGUAAAAUAUAAAUAAAGCCAGAUUGUAAUGAUUUAUAAAUCUCAUCAACUCAUAUUUUAUUCUCAAUAGAACAUUAACAACAUAUUAGAUGUUGGUUUUUAUUUACAUUUUACACAGAAACACAACUUUUUGGAUUUGGGGUUGUAAAUAUUGCAUGUAUUUUAUCAUUUUUAAAAUUCUUUCCUAAAUGUAAAUGAUAUCACAUUUAUAAGAGAUUAUGUUAUGUUAUGUUAAUGUUUCAGCUAAAGAAAAUGUCAUUAAGUCAUUUCUUUUGUUUGGAAGCUGCAGCAUCAAGUUGAUUCCAGUUAAAAUUUUUCUGAUAAACAGAUUUCUGUUCUCUGAAAAAACAGUUACAACACUUUUAUUUUACGCAGAAAAGAGAUGAAACAAUGGAAUUAAUCAGACCGUUUAGUUUCAUUUUCAGUCCUCCAUCUUGAUCCGUUGUGUUUCAUGUCUUUUACUCCUGAACAUCGGAGCUGUCUGGACUGACUUUGAUGGCUUUAAAAUGGAAAUACUGAAAAACUGCUAAAAUUAUCUUUCGGCAAACUCGGCUAAUGAGUAAAAUAAAAAGAGUUCUUUAAAAUAGA